AUGGCCCGCUCAUCCUAUCCCUCUCUGCACGCCGCUCAGCCAGGGGACAAUGCCAUGUCGCAGUUCCGCGGCGGCCUAGAGUCCUCCUGGCUCCCCCCCCUUCCUAUCCAGCUCAUGCGUGAUAUAUCGCAAAAAUCCCUCUUUACCUUCUCUUUCCGUCUCUGUCUCGUCAACGACACCCUGUUUGUAUUGUUGUACCAGUACCAAAAAGUACAUAAACAAACACACCACCAACCUGCCAUGCCUGAAGAAGCCGUCCCUGAAGCGGCCGAAAAGGACGCCACCGCCGCCGAACGAGACACGCGCAUCACCUUUCACGAUGCUGACCACCCUCGUCUCACCCGCGGCCGAUCCGAAGCCCUCGACGGCCGCGGCCGCGACGAGACCUCGCGCUCCCGCUCCCGCGGCGGCCAGCCCCGGCGCUCCUUGAGCCGGGGCUCCAACCUGUCCCGCCGCUCCGAGCUCCCCUCGUCGCCCUACACGGGUAUCCAGAUCGAAUACCGCACGCUGUCCAUCAACGUGGCCGAGUCGCGCGCCAUCGACACGGAGGAGACCUCGGCCGACCUCAAAGCGGCGGCGGCAGCGACCGGUGUCGCAAAGGACAAGGCCGACCAGGACUACUUUGCGCAGCUCACCUACCACCACCUCUCAACGGACCAGAUCACGCAGCAGCUCAACGUGUCGCGCCGCGACGGCCUGUCGGCGAGCAUGGCCGCGCACCGGCAGCAGCGCGACGGCCUCAACACGCUGCCGCGCGCAAAGACCAACUACUGGAAAAAGGUGCUCGGCUACGUCUUUGGCGGCUUCUGCUCGGUGCUCUGGGUCGGCGUCGUCAUCUUCUUCCUCUGCUGGCGGCCGCUCAGCAGCCCGCCGUCGAUUGUGAACCUGGCCCUCGCCAUCCUCGUGCUGAUUGUGAUUGCGCUGCAGGCCGGCUUCUCCGCCUUCCAGGACUGGUCCACGCAGCGCACCAUGAAGUCCAUCACGGACCUGCUGCCGGCCGAGGCGCUCGUGGUGCGCGACGGCCAGACGGUCCGGAUCGCCGCCGCGGAGCUCGUCGCCGGCGACAUUGUGCAGCUGCAGAUUGGCAACAAGGUGCCGGCCGACCUGCGCAUCCUGAGCCACUCGGGCGACAUCCGCUUCGACCGGUCCGUGCUCACCGGCGAGUCGGACGAGGUCGAGGGCGCCGUCGACGGCACCGACCCGUCCUUCCUCGAGAGCCGCAACAUUGCCCUCAUGGGCACGCUCGUCGUCAACGGCAGCGGCGUCGGCGUCGUCGUCCUCACCGGCGCGCGCUCCGUCAUGGGCCGCAUCGCCCGCGCCACCGCCUCGACCAAGGAGCGCCCGACGCUCAUCCAGCGCGAGAUUUCGCGCUUCGUCGGCAUCAUCGUCGCCCUCACCGUCGUCCUCGCGCUGCUGAUCCUGCUCACCUGGGUCGGCUGGCUGCGGCGCGACCACCCGUCGUACAUGAACGUCGUGGCCAUGCUCAACAACGUCAUGGGCUGCGUCGUAGCCUUUAUCCCCGAGGGCAUGCCCGUCGGCGUCGCCCUCACCCUCAUGAUGGUCGCCCGCCGCAUGAAGGCCGUCAACGUCCUGCCCAAGGGCCUCUCGACGGUCGAGACGCUCGGCUGCGUGAAUGUCAUUUGCUCGGACAAGACGGGCACGCUGACGCAAAACGAGAUGCACGUCAACUCGGCCGCCUUUGUCGACCAGCCGAUCUCGGUGACGGAAAUCCAGAGCAACGUCGACAGCGAGACGCCCGACGCCUGCAACCGCAGGCUCAUGCAGGCCGCGCUCCUCUGCAACGACGCCGCGUUUGACCCGUCCACCAUGGGCCUCCCCGUCGCCGCGCGCCAGGUCCAGGGCAACGCCACGGACGCGGCGGUGCUCAAGUUCGCCGCGGCGACGCGGCAGAGCGAGGCCGAGGCGGACCGGCUGCCGCGCGUGUUCCAGAUCCCGUUCAACUCCAAGAACAAGUACAUGGUGACGGUGCACGCCGACGGCGAGAAGCCGGCCGGCGAGUACCGCGUCUUCGUCAAGGGCGCGCCCGACGUGCUGCUGCCGGCCUGCACGGCGUACUGGUCGCGGCAGGCCGACGCCGUCGUGCCGCUCGACGCGGCCGCCACGCGCGCCUUCAAGGAGUACCAGGACGCGCUCUCGCGCAACGCCGAGCGCGUCAUCGUGCUGUGCGAAAAGACGGUCACGCCCGUGCACGCCGUCAGCACCAACGCCUUUAGCGACGAGAUGGCGGCCGCCGCGACGAGCGGGCUCGCCGUGGUCGGCAUCCUCGGCAUCAUCGACCCGCCGCGGCCGGAGACGGCGGCCACGGUGCGCGAGUGCCGCCGCGCCGGCGCCCGCUUCUUCAUGGUCACGGGCGACUACGGCCUCACCGCGGCCGCGAUUGCCCGCAACACGGGCAUCUUCACCGGCGAGCGCGACCCGGACACGGCGGCGCGCAUCCAGUCCAAGCUCGGCCCGUCGUCGACGGAGCUGCGCGCCGCGCGCGCGGCCGGCGAGGUGCGCAGCCUGCUGCUCGAGGGCCACGCGCUGGCGGGGCUCGCGGGCGACGACUGGGACGUGGUGUGCGAGUACGGCGAGAUUGUGUUUGCGCGCACGACGCCGGAGCAGAAGCUGCGCAUCGUCGAGGAGUUCCGGAAGCGCGACAACGUGGUGGCGGUGACGGGCGACGGGGUCAACGACGCGCCGGCGCUGCGGGCGGCCGACGUGGGCGUCGCCGUCGUGACGGGCAGCGACGUGGCGAUUGAGGCGGCCGACCUGGUGCUGCUGGACAAGUUCGACUCCAUCAUCGAGGCGAUCCGGCUGGGGCGGCUCGUGUUCCAGAACCUGCAAAAGGUGAUUGCGUACCUGCUGCCGGCGGGCAGCUGGUCCGAGAUCUGGCCGGUGCUGCUCAACGUCUUCUUCGGGGUGCCGCUGCCGCUGAGCUCGUUCCUCAUGAUCAUCGUGUGCGUCUUCACGGACCUGUUCCUGUCGCUGUCGCUCAUCAUGGAGAAGGAGGAGUUUGACCUGCUGUCGCUGCCGCCGCGCGACCACCGGCGCGACCACCUCAUCACCCUGCGCAUCUACAUCCAGGCCUACCUCUUCACCGGCUUCAUGGAGACGACGAUUGCGCACGCCAUGUUCUUCCUCUACUACUGGCGGCAGGCGCGCAUUCCCGUCCGCGAGCUGUUCUUCCUCUUCGAGGGCUACACGGACGGCUUCCACGGCUUCUCCCAGGACGAGCUCGCCCACCUCAACGCCGUCGGCCAGAGCAUCUACUUUGUCACGCUGGUGAUUCUGCAAUGGGGCAACGUUCUCUCGGUGCGCAACCGUCGCCUCAGCAUCUUCCAGGCCGAUCCCUUUACCGCCAAGCGCCGCAAUCCGUGGCUGAUGGUCAGCAUCCUCAUCUCUCUGGCCAUUGCCAUCUUUGUCACCGAAGUGCCUGGGAUCCAGACUCUGUUUGGUACUGCCUCGGUUCCGAUUGAGUUUUGGUUAAUUCCUAUUCCCUUGGCCCUGGGUAUUCUAGCCAUGGAUGAGAUUCGCAAGUUGGUCGUCCGCGUCUUUCCCAACGGACCCAUUGCAAAGAUUGCGUGGUAA